AUGUUCCGUUCACGUUGCCUUAGCGGUCGUGGUUUUGGCCAAAGGAGGAGAAGAAGCUCGCUAAGCAAUUAUGAACAAAUGCGCACUGCUGCCGUUCUGCCGAACACUUCUCAGUGGACGAAAGUGGAUUUGCUCAAACUUUACAUGUGCUCCAUAAUAAUCUUGCAGUGCAUCGACAUUUCAAACGGGAGGAUCCUGAAAUCGUUCACAUCGAUUCCGGCACUUUACUUUUCCUAUCGCGUUUUUGUACACGAAAACAAACUACCACUAGUUUUUUGCAGUAUCACCACACCACUUUCCCUUUACUGGCUGUUAGAAGCCAUAGCAACGUUUGUCACUCUCGAUCUAGCUGACAUCGUUUUAUAUGUUGCUUUGAAAGUUUGCUUGAUCGAAGUCCUGCGUGUGAAAAUCGCAGAAAAAUACAAAUCCGAUCACGAGCCAACAGAAAAAGUAGUUUCUAGCGUUCGUAAGGCUCAUCCUUGCAGUGAAAUGGUCAUGGAUGUAACACAAAGUGAAGCUACCGAGAGAGAUAAAUCGACAAUGUAUCACACGAUUCAACCACCUUCGCACAAUUCGUUGAAGACUGUAACAAGUACCGUAUCAAUGGAAAUCAGCACUGAGUCGAUCAGUCGAUCGGCUACGUAUAGUCCGAGUUCUAAUGAUCACGUUGAAACGAGAAGUCUGCUACAGUCAAUCUCUACUUGCCGUACACAAGGGGAUUCGUCUGAUAGUAAAGUGCUCCAAAGUGCCAAACCAAAUGAUCGCGGCGAUUGGCAUGUGAAGCACAUAGAAAGAUUUUCUGCAUCUACAUUUACUAGUGGAGAAGCUCGAUAUGGAAAGAUGGAAUUGCAAGAGGAUUGCGACGGUGUGGCUGAUGAUGGUGAUCUUAUCACGAAUCCUAUGUUCAAGGUCGAGUUUGCGAAACUUGAAUUCAACAGAAGCAAAGUGGUAACUAUGUCAAACGUAUCAGAAAAAAAAUUGAUGUGGAAGAUCAGGUCAAACUUGUGGAAAUCAUUAUCCGCACUUCCAACGGCAGGAGUGUUGGGAGCUGGAGAGCACGAUCAAAUCGAAAUCUCAGUUGCCAACGGUUCCGACAAAAGCGGAAAAGUAGAAAUAGCUUAUGUCUACGUCGAUGACGCGACCGAGCAGUUCAACACCAGAACCUAUUCUGCAUCUCAGAAGAAGGCUCAUUGUCUGAACGUAGUGUUUCAUUAGAAAUUUAUUGUAUAUUGAAUUGAAUCCGCUUACUCCACAUGAUAUCGUUGAAUAUUCCAUCAAAUUC